CCAGAAACCCGGACCACCGAGCAAAUACGAAGCUGCCUCGGCUGUAGAACAAACAACUCAUCUAGUUGCUGCAGCAACAAUAACAACAGAAAUCGAGACAUAUAGUACAGUACGACGGACCAGGUGAACCAGCGAUAUAUUUCGUUGUGGCAGCUUCAAAGGAGUCACACAGACACACACUCACUCGCUGUCCCCCUCUGACGCAUGAUCUUUGUGGCGAGAGAGAGAGCGAAACAACAACAACAGCGCAAGAAGCUGCUGCGCAGUUAGCUGAAAAGAGGAAGAGAAGGAGGAGGAUAACGAAGGAGGAAUAAGAGAGCUAAAAACUUAAAAAUACUAUUGAAAUGGCAGCUAUUGCGGCAUUACCAACAACUACGUUGCGACGCAACAACAACAACAAAGGGAUCAAAUCGCGUCGCAACGAGCGUAAUAUCCUUACUUUCUACGAAAAGAUUGCCGUGAUCCGUUACUAUGAGGAGACAAAUAUUUCGAGAAACAGUCUGGCCAAGAUGUUCCACUGCUGCGCCACCCAAAUUCGCCGCAUCCUGGACAAGAAAAAGGAGCUGCUCCAGCAAUUGGCCACCUUGAGCGAGGCGGAUGCCUCUAUAAUAAUUGAGGAGAUGACGCGCAAGCGCCGUAAAUUCGAGAUGAGUGCCAUUAGUUUCCUCCUUCACGAAUGGGUGGAAAGAUGCACCCAACUGCACUUGAACAUCAGCAUUCGGAACCAAAAACUCAAGGAAACAGCCAUACGAAUGGCAGCAGUUUUGAAUCUGCCCUCGUUUAGACCCUCCUAUCGGUGGCUAAAUCGGUUCCGUGGAAAGUACAAGUACGAGGCCGAUGAGUUGGGCUACCAGGGAGAGAAUGCCCUCAACCAGGAUCUGCCUGUCGAGGACAUUAUUGUGGAGUUUAAGCAUGCACUGCCCAACUUUAUGCAACGCGAGCUGGCCGAACCCGCUGAAGGUGUCACCAAAGGACCUGUCGUACCAGAUUUUGUCAAUCUCUCCAGUGAGAAUAGUCUGAUGUCUGAUCAUCACGAGGAGGAUGAUGGAGUGGAGGUGGUCACCUGUGAGCCCACCAUGAUGUCCUCGCCAGCCAGCUCGCCAGAAGACGAGGAGGGAGGGUGGGAGAAGAAGGAAGGCCAGGAAAAUGCCGACGAUCAAAUGAACGCCGGCACUAGCACCCUACUGAAUGGCGUCUUUCCGCACCUGGCCAUCAUCCAUCAGUUCGCCCUGAUGAACUCGGAUGUACAGGCACUGGAGCUCAUCUCCCAGCUGGGUGUGCAUAUGCAGCAGCAGGCUGUUUCCGGAGCUUAUCACACCCUUUCGCUGGCGACAACAGGUGGAGGUGCAGAUGGACAAGCAGAUCCGGGGACAAACUCUUUGCCGGAAUUGCCACCGGGCAGCAUUUACGCAGAUAUCGAUGACAUAGAGUUAAUCGAAUAGGAGCGCCAAAUAGAAAUCGAAACUAAGCUAGCCUAAGCUUCAAUGCCAUAAUAUAGUCGUCUAGUAUUUAUGAUCUACACACUUGAAGGUGAUUUGAUUUAUUUCAUUACGAAAGUACUUAAUAAUUAGACAUCGGA